CAGAUGAAGCAAACACAAGAUGGGGAAAGUUCGCCACGAUUCAGGAUCAGACGAUGAAACUUCAUCAAUAGAUAAAUCUUUUACUAAAGGUCCUUGGACACAAGCAGAAGACAACCUUUUGAUAGCUUAUGUUGAUAAACAUGGUGAUGGAAACUGGAACGCUGUUCAAAAACAUUCAGGCCUUUCUCGUUGUGGUAAAAGUUGUCGCCUUCGUUGGCUGCCGGGACGAACGGAUAAUGAGAUCAAGAACUUCUGGAAUACAAGACUUAAGAGAUUGCAACGACUUGGUUUACCGGUUUACCCCGAUGAAGUUCGAGAGCAAGCGAUGAAUGCAGCGACACAAUCUGGUUUUAACACUGAUUCUUUGGAUGGUCAUCGUAGUCAAGACUCUUUGGAGGCAGAUUGUGUUGAGAUCCCUGAUUUGGAUUUCCAGCAUUUACCGCUUAAUCAAUGUUCCUCAUACUACCAGUCAAUGCUUCGGAAUGUUCCUCCCACUGGCGUCUUUGUGAGACAAAGACCGUGUUUCUUUCAGCCGAAUAUGUAUAACUUGAUAACAACACCUCCUUACAUGUCUACCGGCAAACGUUCUAGAGAACCAGAAACCGCAUUUCCGGGUGGAUAUGUUAUGAACGAGCAAAGCCCUCCGCUUUGGAACUAUCCUUUUGUUGAGAACAUUUCAGAACAGUUACCGGAUAGUCAUUUGCUUGGCAAUGCUACUUAUUCUUCUUCUCCUGAACCUCUUAUUCAUGGGGUGGAGAAGUUGGAGCUCCCUUCUUUCCAAUAUCAUGAAGAGCCUGGCGGUUGGGGAGCAGAACAAUCUAACCAAAUGCCGGAACAUCAUGAGUCAGAUAACACUUUGGUCCAAUCUCCUCUGACAGAUCAAACACCAUCAGAUUGUCCAUCAUCACUCUAUGAUGGAUUGUUGGAAUCAGUUGUCUAUGGAUCAUCAGGUGAAAAACCGGCAACCGAUACCGAUUCAGAAUCCUCUCUGUUUCAGUCCUCUCUACUUGGACAUACUGAAUUUACACCAGCCAGUGAAAACACAACAGAUUUAGGUUCAACUUCUUCAAAUGAGGGACGUAUAUCCUUUGAUGGUGAUUGGAUAAGCUUACUUCUCGGUGAGGAUAGAUAUAGCACCAAGUAGAAGAGGUUUCUUUGGAAGGCAUAAUUUAUAAAGUGCUUGAUAUCUC